CUCGCCCGCCACCCGAUCGGCCUUUGAGUGGCAACGGAGAUAUUCUGCUUCAGGCGACAGAAUACCCGUACUCCCGUCACCCUUGGCGAGUGCAGGAGCGCGACGUCUGAAGUAGUUCAAAAGCCGCCUUUUUGAUUUUCUUCAGAAUUCCCCGAUAGCGCGAAAACAUGUCAUAUCGAUCGCAACCACACUACCAGGCGUACAACCAACCAUGGAACAGCCGAGGCGGAUACGGCAACGAAUCCAUCAUAGACAGAGCACCACCAGAAAUUUUGCACAUGAUGGAUGCGCACUGGUACCAAUAUCCUCCCAUGGAUCCACUAUGGCAUACAAUUUUAGGAAUAUUUAUAGCAUUUUUGGCUGUAGUUUCAUUUUUCGGAAAUGGCAUGGUCGUAUACAUUUUUUCAUGUACAAAAACACUAAGGUCACCAUCAAAUCUCCUCGUAGUCAAUUUAGCUUUCUCAGAUUUCUGUAUGAUGUUUUCAAUGGCACCCACGAUGGCCUACAAUUCUUAUUAUGGAACGUGGGUUUUGGGUGCGUUUGCGUGUGAACUGUAUGGCAUGCUCGGUUCAUUAUUCGGUUGCGUAUCAAUCUGGUCAAUGGUACUGAUUGCUCUUGAUCGAUACAACGUCAUAGUGAAGGGUCUAUCAGCAAAACCACUAACGAUAAAAUCAUCACUAUUUCAACUGUUCCUCAUUUGGUGUCACGCUCUCAUUUGGACGUUAGCCCCCUUCUUCGGAUGGAACAGAUACGUUCCGGAAGGUAACAUGACUGCAUGUGGUACUGAUUACUUUUCAAAAGAUUGGAACAGCAUCAGCUAUCUGAUCUGCUACGCGUCGUGUGUCUAUCUGACGCCGUUACUAACCAUCAUCUGGGCAUACUAUCACAUCGUUAAAGCAGUUGCUACUCACGAGAAACAAAUGAGGGAGCAGGCCAAAAAAAUGAAUGUUGCCUCGUUGCGAUCGGACGGAAACAACACGAGUGCAGAAUAUAAAUUAGCCAAGGUCGCUUUGAUGACGAUUUCGCUAUGGUUUUUGGCGUGGACGCCUUACGGUAUCAUCAACUUUUCCGGUGUCUUCGACUUAUUGAAUUUAAGCCCACUCACGACCAUCUGGAGCUCAGUGUUCGCCAAAGCUAAUGCCUGUUAUAACCCAAUUGUUUAUGCUAUUAGUCACCCAAAAUUCCGUGCUGCACUGAACAAGAAAUUCCCUAGUCUAGUCUGCGGCAGUGUCGAGCAACAAGGAGGCGACUCUGCGUCAGCCGCGUCUGGAGUGACGGCCGUGACGACAGAAGACAAGUCCUCAGCGUAAUCCGGAAAACCAGGAUAGCCUGAACAAACUGGAUAACCUGGAUAACGCAGCAAAUGAUCUGAUUCAUCGUGCGGACCACUCAACUAGGUGUCAGAAAUUACGCUGAUGGUCGCUGCAUCGCGCUCUGGUGCAAGCCUUCACGAUUUUCAGAAAUUUAGGCGUGUCUUACUUCGGCUCUCUUCAAAAUAUACGAUUCUGUUUCAAAAUGGUGCUGUACGUUGGUGUCCGCCAACUGGAGCCUAAAUUAGCGAAAAGUAAGUGAGGAAUCGGAGGGUCAUAAUCCUGUGAUUUUAAUAAACUGUAAAUUGGCACCUCUCACCCGUAGAAAAUGUUAGACUGGCUGUGCCAGGUAGCAUUUGGUUUAAAGUGACGUCACUUAAUUUCAAAAAUGGUUGCGUAAGGAACGGUAUUCACUCUGUCAACCCUCUGAGCACCAAGAGAUUGGGAUAUAGAGAGAAGCAAAUUUCCUCUGUCUUAAUUUAUUUACUUACGUUCCUUUUUCAUUUUCAUAAGUGUUAUAUUUUUUAGGAAUUAAAAAGGGUGAAAUUACUCCAGAAGAUAGCUAGUCUUGCUGCAAGACCUCUUGAAGAAAUUUAAACACGCGCAUUAUUGCUUGAUGAAUUUUCAAGAACUUUUCUUCAAAAAUUUCAGUCUAAAUCUCACGAGCAAUCAUCAAUCGCCGGUAAUUUGCAUGCGAUUUGCCUGCUGCCUCGUCUAAUUGUAUGUCUUUUUCAUCAGCAUGAUUGAGGUUGCACCGGCGAGGAACUUUAAAAUGAUCUUUAACAUGAUCUUAACAUGAUCUUUGCUUGGAGCGCCUUCAUUUCCCCGUGAGACUCCCUGAUCUGCAAUCCAGUUAGUUUAGUUGUCUAUCCGAACCAAACCCAACUACGGUUACUGAUUUCACCACACGCACACGCAAGUGUACCGGGUGUACCGCAUACGCAAGUGUGCAUUCAUUAAGUAAAAACAGUAUUUUUCUACUCCAACCACACAAAUCAGAAUUUCUGUCUUGUUUUUUUAUUUAAAAAUUUGCAUGUUUUUUUUUUCUUUUUUCUUUUUUUUUUAGUAUACGAGUAUUGCUUGCAAAUUGUCGGCGAUUGCUGAUUGCCUGAGCUAUAAAUAGAUACAACUUUGUUUUUGUUUCUCUCUUGCUUUCUUCUAUUUUAAGAAAAAAAUCAAUGGUGCCGAAGACAUCUUUGGCAUCGCACAGUUAAGUACCACGCGAAUAACCUUUCCAUUUAAAAAGAACAAAAAAUUGAUAAAUGAACUUAAAAUUUGAUAAUUCGAUUAGUUUCUAAUAUAAUUGAUUAUCUUCUUUCGGGCUCGUGGUCAAGGUAACUUGCUGCUCGAAUUGUCGUAUUUAUUGUAAGUGAAAAGAACACGUAGAGACCAAUGUCAUCAUUAAUAAUCUUCUAAUGCAUCUUACACUUUCACCGUGCACGAUGAUUAGACGAAGUUAAUAUAUAUAUAUAUAAAUUAGAAUAUGCUGGAAGGGAGAUCCUCCAAUCUUGACCGAAGGGUGUAAAAAUAAAAUCGAAUCAAACACUUUGGUAAAGAUGUAAUCCCAAAGAUUCAACGGCUCAGGAGAAGUCUAAAAAUUGUUUAGGGGCUUCUCUUUGAGAAAACACCUCUUUUCUCCAUGAAAAAAUAACCUCUAUGAGCAUUUUUACUAGUCGUACUCAAGCCCCAUUGAAGAAAAUGGCGAAAUCUGCACUGAUAUAUUUUUCUAAAUGUGUUAUCUAUAUGUAUCCAAAAUUUUAUUAUAUCAUAUAUUUGUCGCCUCCUCGACAUGAAAAUAAACUUUUAAUAACUUCAUCACGCCCUACAUAAAAAAACUCAACGCAGACAUGCACUUGAUGUACCUGAAAUAGUUCAAAUUCUGAAAUCGACUCAGUUUUAAAAACACUGUGCUUUACUUUGGUUUUAAAAUUAUUUAAACUCGUUCUCCUCACGAUUCUUUUUAAUGAUUGGCCCGUUAAUGUGAAGUACCUCCAAAUUUUCUCCUGAUUGUUUUCUCAUCAAAACUGGACCUAUCAGGUUUGCAUCAUAAGUUUUGAAAUUCCAAAGAUAUUUGGGUUUAAAAAAAAUAAAAGUACCUUGAGGUGUGAUUUUAAAUUUUACCGAUAAAUAAAAUAUCAGAUCUGGACAUCCAGUUAUUUUCAUCACUUUGAAUGACAUAAACCUUUUUUGAAUCAUCUUCUCAUAACAAUUCCUCUAUAAAUUAAUCUUAAAUUAAAAACUAAACGGCACAGAAGAAUCCCUCCGUGUUUUAACUACAUGGAUUUGAAUUCAUAUUCCUAAUAUGAUUGAUAUUCCUGCUGAUCGGUAUUGGUCGGUGGCUGGCGCAAGUUUUUACUCAAACUUUAUAAAUACAUCGGUACUUACUCGUAAAAUCGUCAUGGAGUUUACAUGGUGACGUAGCCUUUACUGUCAAUGAAAAUUUCACCAAGGAGAACUCAUUCGAAUAUAACUGACGGGAAUUUCUUGUACAGUUUUAGCGUUUAUGAUCGUAAUUUACGGAAUAAAACCUUUUCAAUUUAAAAUUUU